UUUUCUUUUGUCGUUCCACGCGAAAAUUUCAAGAAAAUUCGACGAUAUCGAAUACAUGCAUUUACCGCGUAAUGUCGUCGUUGAUUAUCACCGGCAUAGAUCAGUUCAGUCAAUCUAGACUGUAGAUUCUGGAUUAUUGUCAUUGUCUUAAGAUAGAGUGAUAUAGUAUAAUUAAUUUUGUUUUAGUUUUAUUAAUAUUUACAAUGAAGACAAAGAAAAAGAAGAAAGAGAAGAGAAAGUUUACGCAAGAACGUUAACCUUCGUGUAAUAACGGUGAUGUCGAUAAAGUGUGACUACGCAAUAGCAGGUGUAUCGUGCGUAAUCCACAAGGACGUUUUCCUCGAUCAUUCUUAAUACGUUCUCAUUUUAGAUUCCAUCAUUUAAGAUGCGCAUAUGUUUACGAGACUUUCUUAUUUCAGAAUAAGGAAAUAAAUCUAUAAAAGAACAACCAUCAUGCGAUUAUUUCAAUUCUACUUGUAAUUUGUACUAUAAGAAAAAUUAGUAUGUCAACCAACGUCUACGGUAACGCAAUUCGUUUUUACGAAUUUUACGAUUCUCAUACGCUACAGGCGUAUUAAUCGCGUUGUAUUACAUGCCACUCGUCAGAAAAUACUGUAAAUGUUUUAGCGGAAUUGAUCAAGGGAUAACUGACAUAACCUUUUUACGUACAUACAUACAUAUGCGAAGCGCGAUAGUCAAGAUAAGCAUUCAUUUCAAGGGAUUUUCUUUAAAAUGACCGAAUUUAUACAAGGAACGUGUUUGUUAAUGUGUCCAGACAAAGAACGUUGGAUCAGAGAAAAGGAGGGUUUACUACACAAGUUUGAGAUCAAUGAAACUACAAAGGGAGCAAGAUUGCCGAAGGCAGAUCCAACAAAAACGAUAAAAUGCUUUAGCCGUCCAGCAGCAGGAUUAGACAUGACAGAUAUGAAACAAUUACGUCCAGCACCAGUCUUAUUAUCAACGAUUCGAUAUUUGUUUACCAAGAUAGCUACGCGAAACGAUGUUGAUUGGAUAAUAGUAUACGAUUUUAUCUUUGAUCGUAUCAGAUCUGUCAGGCAAGACGCUGCGAUUCAAAGGAUUGAUGUCCCAACGAACAUUCGGUUGUUGGAAUCCAUAGUUCGAUUUUUGGUUUAUUCUGAGCAGAGAUUAUGCGAGCGAAGUAUCUCCGAAUUUAAUGCAAAAAUCAAUGAGCAACACCUCGCCGAAUGUAUAAUGCGUUUGUUAAACUUAUACGACGAGUUUGAAGAUAAAAAAAAUUCUCUGGAACUUGAUAGCGAUAUGAAAAAAUUAAUGUUAAACGAUGAUCGUCCACAAAUGGAAGCAUUAUACAUUCUUUUACACAUGGGUAAUACGGAAGCGUUGAUAAGAGCAUUACAACUUCCUCUCGAUUUACGAAAAUCUCCAAAUGUACAAUUAUCCAUAAAAAUAUCAUUCGCUUGGUAUUUAAAAAAUUAUGUGCGCGUCUGUUCUUUAAUUCCACGACUUCCUCCAUUACUUAUUUGCGCAGCCAUGACGGGCAUACAAAAAUUAAGAAGGAUGGCAUUGAAAAUCAUGAGUUCAGGAUACAACAAUAAAGUUUUCACGUUUCCAGGACUUAAAUUGCAACAACUUUUACUAUAUAAAGAUAUAGAUAAAAUUCGAGCAGAUUGUGAGCUGUUGGGUCUUAUAUUCGUCAAUCAAAAUAUUUUAUUUCAAAAAGCGAAUUUCAAAGAUGAAGUCCAACUGACACAUCCAGAGAUGUAUUACACAGAUCAAUCCUUACACAGUAUUUUACCAAGUGUUUUACUUGAAUCUAUGUAAUGCAUGUAUAAAAGGUAUAAUGCUAACUUAUAUUGUUAUAUCCUCAUCGCUUCAUUUUAUCAGGGAUUAAUAAAUGUAUCAAACUAA